AUGACUUGUACCCCACUUAACUUCCUCAACGUCCAAGAAAUCGACGCCCAGUCCACAACACAAUCAGUUGACUCCACAUGCAAGACUAAUCAUCCAUGGAACGCUCCUAAAUACCUGAAAACAAAGAAAGACAAUCAAGACUUUGAGGCUUACCAAAUGGCAAUUCUUCUUGCUUUGAUUAACUCACGCGCAAGAAUUCUAUUAGAAAAGCCUCUUAAAUACUCCAAAGUCUCCAUCACCACUCCUAGACUCAAUUCACUCAUCUUUGACGAGAACGACGAAGUCAAUGUCAUGGAAACAACGGAAAAGCAAUGUAAAGCUGUUUUCGAUAUGGAAAUCAAAAGAGGGGUCUCGGAAUCUACUGCAACAAGAAGGUUCGAAAAGAACAGAAAAGUCUUUUUGGGGAACUUCUUGGUCGACUUGGCAAAGCAACUUGGGUUCGACUUGACGACGGAAAUGGCGAGAAAGAGUGGAAAGGCAAUGCAACUCGAACGACUCACUGAAAUCAAUUUCAAUGGAUUUAUCAUUAAAAAGAAUAAGCUGAUUUCUAUUGGAAAGAACCUUAACUCUUACUUCUUAUCACUAUCUAUGUCACAAACAUCAACAAUAGUUUGCAUCAAUGAUGAAGUGGUUAGGAGGCUAUUUACACAAGGCGUCGAAUUGGCUUAA